AUGGAGCGAAUUGCUAUAGCAGAGGUGGCACCCACCCUUCCCUCCCCCGAGACCAAGGUCAUUCACGCCGUAGUCACACUUCUGUGGCCCUACUCUUCGUCCACAAAGCAAUGUGCACUGCUUCUGGCGGACCCUGACUUCCGUCUUCGCCACCGGCAAGGGCAGGUCAGAGUGCGCUUCUCGGGACCCAGUGCGACAACUAUUGCGCAGUCCGGGAUUGGGAUUGGGGAUGAAGUCACGCUGGGACUACUUGGUGCUCGGUUUAUUGAAGAUGAUGGAGGCAUCCAGACGCCUGGGAAGAGCGUAGACUGGGAGCUGGGUUAUGGCCGGAGGGUUGUGCUUGAGAUUACCCGAGAGGGCAAAGAGUUAUCAAGCAUCGAUCUUGACGACCGGGACCCGUCCCCAGAACCAUCGCCCGAGGACGAAGAUGUAGAAGUACGGCAUGCUACUUCCAUGAUCACGCCUGCCAUCGAGCGGGUCAGCACUCAGCACCUUGGCUCUCGAAUAUCUCCAGACCAGUGGUCCUCGCCUGCAUUUCUUAAGCGCACACGUAUAUCCGAAGGAUCUCUAUUUAGAUCUGAGCUGAACACCCAGGAUACUGCUGAAGAUGGGAGCAUUACAGGACACCGCCAAAAGAGAAGGAAGAGGAAGUCAUACAGAGAUUGGAGCGGCGUGUGGACAUACUCUGCGAGGACGCCCUCUCCCGAGAAGGAAGAAGUUACAUCUGCGGAAGAAGAGGAUUCCGAGUCAGCUGAAGAAGCCGCAGCUGUGACGCCCUCGCGUUUCCCGCAUACUCCGGUUUCUCCCUCCAAAGGAAAAGAUGUUGUAACAGUUGUCACCCUACCUCUGGAACAGCCAUCACCCAUCGAAGACGUCUCAUACGAGUCUCAGCAGGCUGCACACCCUGACGUGAUUUUUGAUGAGGUAGAAAAAGUAGCACGAUCAUCCCAUAUUCACGAAAGUGAGGAAUUGUCGGUACGGGAGGAUCUCAGCGAUGAUGAAGACGUCGCAGAAGAAACUGUACACCAUUUCCAGAGCUUCGAAAGUGGUGCAACGUUCGCACAGGAGGACCUUGGUGACGAUUACGAUUUCAUUGCCACUGACGACAGGUUUAACGUCCAGGAACUGGAUAACGACGAUCUCUAUGACCAGCCAGAGCCUCAUACGUUUCAACGAGAGGUGGUAUAUGAAGGUGACACAGAGCCAAACACUGAGGAUGAAGCCGAUUUUGUCCAGGAAGUUGAUUCACAGGGCUUACAAGCCGCUGAAUUGGAAGUCGAAGAACUGGAGGACUUUCAUAAUGAUGACCAGCACGAGGUUCCCGUGGAAGGCGAGACUUACUGGAGCGACACUGAGGUAGCCUCCUCCGAGUCGGACGAAGAGCAAAAUAUGCUCGAUCAAGUUGACGAGGAGGACUAUUUUGAAGAGGAAGAAGAACGGCAGGACCACUAUCCUACUGAACCGCCAGAAAUUGUGGUUUUGAGCUCUACGGAGGAAGCUAGUUCGGACGAGGCCAGUUCGGAUGAAGUCAGUUCGGACGAAGCCGUUGCGGACGAAGCUGUUUCGGAUGAUGAAGAACAGCCUCAUCAGGAAAUCCAUAACAGGGAGCGGUCAGGAACACAAGAGGAACCGAUUGUUCUCGAGGAAGACUCAGACGAAGAAGUGAGCGAGCAUGAAGAGCCGGAGCGUGAUCAGGUUUCGAGGCGUCGAGACCGCUCGGGAACCCGGGAAGAACCAAUUGAGCCUAACAGGAGUGUAGAGGUGAUGAUGCCUCCGCCAGAUCUGCCGUUUCUUCGCACGAACUUCGCGUCCACUACCACAUCGCAACUCCAGACGCCUGUCGGAGAUGCACCUACGACUCCGGUACUCAAGCCGUUGACACCGUCUACUCUCCCGAUGCCGUCUCCUUUCCCAGGGGAACGUGACGCAAGCUUUGCGUCCUAUCUUGAUCACCAGCAAGCAGGCUUUUCCGCUGAAGAUGAGGCAACUGCAGAAGAUCAACCCAAAGAGCCUACCCCAGACCCCGAUCAGGACGCAGCUGACCCGAGCGACUUCUAUCAUUUGGCAGUACACAAUACACAUGCUUCUAAUUAUAGCGACCUUCGGUUUUCGUUUGGGUUUGACGGUUCGGCCUCCUCGCGUGAGAAAGUCCCACCGGAGGAGCUUGCGACUAUUUUGUCUAAGGAGGAAGAAGUCAGCCACGCCAUUGAUCCAGUUGAAGAUACUGUUGAUAAUUUCGAGGAGGCAGACCGACUCCCGCAGACCGACGAGCCUGGAGAGGACCGUAUGGAUGACGCUCACAGCAUUGAUGCAGGUCUGGAAGUCGUUGAUCCGACCGAGGUAGCAGAAUCACUCGCGCAGGUUGAAGAGGCUGAUGAGAAGACUCCAAGCGAAAACCGCGACAAUGACAUAGAUAUUAAAAGCAUUAAUCCGGACGAGGAGGCAGACCAGCUUCUUCAUGUCGAUGGGAAUGAAGAUGAUCUUCCGGAUGAACCCUCUGAUAACGACGUCGGCAUCAAAGUUAUUGAUCACUCCGAAGAACAGAAUAGCGUCUCCAAAUCCGAUGAAAGGGAUGAAGGUCGUCUGGACGACACACACGAUAAUGAUAUAGGCGUCGAUGCUAUUGAUGCUAUUGAUCAUUCUGAUCCCGAGAACAGCGUUCCCAAGUCAGAUGAAAGGCGUGAGGGCCCUCAAGGCGACGAUCACGACACGGCCGCGGGCGUAGCUAUCUCUGAUCAGGUCCAAGCAAAGCACUCGCCGCUCGUCGAAGUUGAACAGGCCAUUCCCGAGAGCAGUCCAUCACGAGAGGCUUCCCCAGAUCAUCAACAAGAGCAGAAGAGGCUCUCCGUAUUCAUCGACAUUUCGUCCGACGAAGAAGAGGCGAAGUCUGUGGAAAGGGAGGACGAGCAACGAGAAGAAAUUCAGGAGAUGCAACAAGACUUGCCUCAAGAACAUGAUAAUUACUGGGCUCAGUCUGACGCUCAUGAGGGCCAAAAAGCAAACUGGGAAGAUACUGUUCAAAAGAGUGCAGAUCAUGGACACCCGCUUAGCUCUCCUCAUGCCAACGAGGAGCCAUACCCACCCAGCCCAUCCAGUCAUCACGAACAAGUCCAAAGAGAUGUGGUGAUGAUGGAAGAUUCUCAGGCAAAGACAUCAGAUAAUGGAAGUGAUAGCGAUGAUGAAGAGCUCCCUAACUUCUAUGAGCUCCUGAGCCAACCAAAAGGGUUGGACAAAGACACGCAACAAUCCAGCCCCCCUGCUAUUCUAGCUCAAGCUGAGGACGAUGAGGUUGAUGCUACACAGGGUCUACCUGUAGCACCUGGAGUGGAGACUUCUGCUUCUUACCAUCCCUUACAUGACACACCAGACGGUUACUCCUCCACGAUGCCCCCGACAUCGCAGUAUGUAGGAGCUGAGCACAAGGAAAGAUUUUCUCCCGGGUUAGCUGAGGUUAGAGCCCCGCCAUCGUCUAGGCCAACUGUAAUCGUGGAUCUUGGUGGCGAAGAAAGUGACGAAGACGACGACGAAGAUGAGCAGAAGGCUACCCUCUCAACGGUCAUAAACGCCUCAAGGAGCGAGUACGACGGUCUUGACAAUGCUCCUCAACCUCUUGGCGACGAAGUUAAUGAUAGUCAGACCGAACUUUCCAUUAGUGCGCCAAAAUCUUUGAUUGUUAAGCUGCGGCUACCGAAACCCAGUUCAGAGCAAAACGAUGAAGACCCUAACCUGGCUCUAAGCGCGCCCGCCAUGAAUACAAGAUCCAAGAAGAACGCCUCGCCUGCUAAACUGGAUCCACCUCGAAGAAAUUUGCGUUCCAGGCGUCGAGCUACGUCGCCGAUCAAGAGCAAGAGAGAAAGUACUAAGACAGCAAAAGUUGACGCUGCGCUCAACAGAGAGCGUUCUCCCUUGCCUUUGAUAUCCCGCUCAUCGUCCGUCAAAGUUGAUGAAAGCCUCUUUGAGCCUCUAGAUUUUCCAAUGGACGACGUAGACACAGAUUCAAAGAAAAGAGCUUCGGCGUCUAAAUUCCCUGAUGGGGCUGUCAUCAAAGAUUCGUUCGAUGAGAACUUGCAUUCUGAGGCAUCAAUAUCCACUGUCCCCUUCUCAGAUGACACGCAGACCGUGACCAUGGAAAACUAUGAUUAUCGGUAUGAUUUGGACGAGCCUGAGUAUCCGCAUGUCUCGGAGCCAAAGCAAAGCCAUCAAGACAUGUUGUCGCUAGGUGAAGAAGUCUAUGAGACUCAAAUGCCGCGUCGUCCGUCAUAUUCUUCAAUCACCCAGCAAGAAUCCCGUGGCAUUGAGACACAACGCUCACCCAGCCCAGUCAUAGCCUCCUCACCACCAGAAGCCCCAUGGGAUAAUGAAGCCGCUGCAGGUCAAGUCAGUUAUCCGCGUCUUCCACUCGACAGGUCCAGUCCGCCUGCAACUCAACCUGAAGCAGACCUACAAGAUGUCACUAUGCACAACUACUCUAUGGCUAAUAGCAACCUUCCGAUGACUCCAGAUGCAAGCCAACACCCAGUGGCUUCGCAAUCGUUUUCUCUAGGCACUCACAUCGAUGAGACACUGCAGCAAAACACGAACGAACAGCGGUUCCAAGAUUCACAACCUACUUUGGGUACUCACAUCUCAGAGACUCUGCCCGAAACAUUGCCGCUCUCCCCGCAACUGACUCAAAAGACAUCUGCCGCGUUCUCGUCUGCUUCCCCAGAGCGAACUGAAAUGCCUUCGGACUCCAUUUCGCGGCCCUCGGCGACAAAAAAGAAGCCUAUUCCGGCUUAUGGACAGAAAUCUGCGGGUACCCCUGGGCACAGUCGUAACACUGUACACGACACUCUAGCUACCUCGGAAGUCAGACAGGUGGAUGAGAUGACCGCCGAGCACUCCGUUGCGAGUCAGAGGCUUGUUGAUACACGUAGACAGAAUAAACACAAUCGCGACACUAUAUGGAACAACCCCCUAGUCAAGUCGGAAUUCCUGCAGGUGGACGAGAUGAUAAAUGGUUCCAACUACUCAGCUCCUAGCAAGGGACCCCGGACUUCUUUGGAUGCUAGAGAUGGUAAAUCAGUACAACUCCGGACUUCUCUGACAGCUUUGGGAGGCAAGUCUUCCCAACCUCGGAAUAGAAAAGCCAAGGUCCCAUCGCGCGUCAGUGUCGGCGGCAUACCUGUUCCUGCGGUCUUGAGCGAGUGGUUUGCUCCCCGUUCUAGCCUAGCUGCAAGGCAAUCUUCACCUUCCACGUCAACGAGCAGUCAAGAAGAAGACGGUGGUGGAAGUGUGGCGUUGGAGCAAGAGACUGCACACCUCGUACCCACAGCAACCGAGAAGAUCCAGCCUCGCCAAGCCGUGGAAGCUCCAAGUCAAGGCUUCCGCACCAGUCUUUCCUACUACACGCCUCUUUCUAAACUCAGCACAUACCUCAACAUCCCCUCGCAAUCCCUGGAUGCCUCUCUCGAUGUCCUCGCAAUCGUCACGCGAGACGCGUCACCGGCUGAACGCGCGAAGAAAGGUCCAAGAGACUUCAGCACUGUUUUCCACAUCACUGACGCCUCUAUCCACCCGAAUGCCAUUCAGGUCCAGAUAUUCCGUCCUUACCGCGUCGCCAUACCAACCGCACAGGUGGGCGACGUGGUGCUCUUGCACAACUUUGCGGUCAAGUCGCACAAGGGUAAAGAGCAGCUACUGAGCUCGGAGGAUAGCGCGUGGCGUGUGUGGCGGUUUGGAAAGCCUUUGUGGGGUAUGAAGAAGGGGCAGCAUGGGGAGACCGAGGCGCGGGAGGAGUGUAGCGGACCGCCGGCGGAAGUGUGCGACGAGGAGAGGAGGCAGGUUGAGGUAUUUCGGGCGUGGUGGCAAAGUGUAGCUGGUGCGGAGGGGGAUGGGCAGGGGAAUAGUGAGGCUAAGGGAGGACAAGGGCGUGCUCUUAGGAGUCAGCUUUGAUUAGACGGUUAGACGGCCUUUAUGGGGGAGCCUAGCUUCACCAAAGUGAUUUUGGCUUACACGUAAUAUGAAUAUAUUGACAUUACUCGGUAUUCUACUAUGAGCAGUCUUGAUUCAUAGACCUAAAUGACAUAGACUCAUGGUAUGAGACAAUUUAGCAACAAACGCGAAAUAAAUUAAGGGUUACAAGAUAAUCAAUGGGUCACGUUGGUCUAAGAAAAGAAGG